GGUACUCUUCUCCUCCCGUCUUCCUUCCCUCAUCCUCAACAUCCCCCCCAUUCGCUCUCUGCAAUUGAGAAGACACCUUAUUCAAAAUGACUACUCGCUACCGCGUUGAAUAUGCGCUCAAGUCGCAUCGCCGAGACCAGUUGAUUGAAUGGAUCAAGGGCCUUCUGGCUGUUCCAUUCGUGCUGCAUUCACAGCCUACCGCUGUCUACCAGGAACAUAGCGAGAGUCUGACCGCCGUCGCAAAUGAUACCCACCAACGUUAUGCGGAGAUCUUUCGGGAUGUUGAGAAUCUCAUGCGCGAUCACAUCCAGCACCAAGCAACCAAAGCCCCUGGUAAAUCUAAACUCAAUCAUUUGGUUCCAACCGUAGGCUCUUUCUUCACGCCCCUCCCCCUCGAAGACGCCUUCAAAUACCAAGACAGUCAGCGCUUCAUCAGCCGGCGUCGCUUUGUUGCCCCCUCCUUCAACGACAUCCGCCUCAUCCUCAACUCAGCCCAGCUCCUCGGUCUCUUCCGUACCUCCGGCCUCGAUCUUAUCACCUUUGACGGAGACGUCACCCUCUACGAUGACGGCGCCUGCCUCACCGACGAUAACCCCGUGAUCCCCCGCCUCAUCCACCUCCUCCAGCAAGGGCGCAAAAUCGGCAUUGUCACUGCUGCAGGGUACACCGAGGCAUCCAAGUACUACGAGCGUCUGAAGGGUCUCCUCGAUGCCAUCCACAGCUCGGACCUCCUCACUCCGGCCGACCGCGACGGCCUCGUAGUCAUGGGCGGUGAAAGCAACUUCCUUUUCCGCUACGACCACACCUCUCCGCAUAAACUCACCUACGUCCCCCGCGAACAAUGGUUACUCGAUGAGAUGCACGCCUGGCAAGAUUCAGACAUCACCCAACUUCUAGACAUCGCCGAAUCCUCGCUGCGUGCGUGCGCCACAAAUCUGAACCUCCCCGUCGCAGUUCUACGAAAAGAUCGUGCCGUCGGAGUGUAUCCCCUAGAUCGCAAGAAGGUCACCCGUGAGCAGUGGGAAGAAACGGUCCUGGUCGUUCAAAAUACCGUCGAGAGAUCGGUCGUUGGGACUAAAUUGCCCUUCUGUGCCUUCAAUGGUGGAAACGACGUCUUCGUCGACAUCGGCGACAAAUCCUGGGGUGUACGCGCCUGCCAACAAUAUUUCGGCGGCAUCGACCGAACCCGCACACUCCAUAUCGGAGAUCAGUUCCUGUCUGCCGGCGCCAAUGAUUUCAAGGCACGGCUAGCUUCGACAACGGCGUGGAUCGCUAGCCCGGCAGAAACUGUACAGCUCUUGGAUGAGCUGGCCUUCGUUGAGAAGGGAUUUGAUUAAUGUUUCGGAGUAUUUUUAUACUCCCAUCCUUGUUUUUUUUUUUCCUUCGGCUCUUGUCAGCGGACUAGUUGUUAUCUCUUCUAAUUUCGGGUUUAUUGAGCGAGCGUCGAUUUCUCUAGGAAAUGUCUUGCAUUGUGUGUUGAAUAUGCAUUACAUGAGAUACGUGCUAUGGGCAGGGGUACGAGGUUCAUUCUUGACUACGGGUACAACGACUGAUAUAAAUAAGGGAGAUCAUAAUUUUCAUUCAAUAAUUCCUGUCAUGAUACAU